UUUAAACAUUCACGACCGCAACAAAAAUAUUUAUAGUCGUUUUUAUUUGUUGGGAAGAUCCCUGUUCAAAGAAAUAUCGUAAAAUCUAUUUGGCGUUUUUGAAGCAUUUGAGGCAAUAAAGUUAACACACACAAAACACUUUCACAAAUGUAAAGUAUUUUGAAUCUCUGUUGACACAACACGCAUACAUAAGUGGUUUCUAUUAUACACGUCAUUGCUAGCUCACAGAGGAUGUGCAAAAGAAAAUCACUCUUUAAAUUAUCUUCCUCAUAUUCAUGUAAUUUCCCCAUGUACACAAAUUAGUUGUGAUGGGUAAUGACGGCAAUUGGUUGGGAUGUGUUAAAUCAUCAUCGAGUAAUGGAAUUAACAUUCUUCAUUGUUUUUGUUGUGAUAAUCUAUCAAGUUGAAGCAGAUGGAUGCAGCAUCUAUUUUACACUUUUGGAAAAACUGAAAAUAGAAUCACAGGAAGUCGUAGAUUACAUUAAAAGGAUUUUAAAAAAAUUGGAAAAAAUCACUGGGAUUUCCUGCGAGUUUUCUCGUAUCUGUGGCAAACCAACUCACUAUAAAGAAUGGAAGAAGAACAAUUCAAUACAUGAGAUGACUUUUGUACGAACCUUAUCCGUCCACAGCCAUGUCAUUCAAAGAUUUUUAGACGUGUUAAACAUCCAACUUAUGAAUGAAACACUACACGUCUCAAUCACGCUGCAGUCGUUGGGGGAAUUGAAGAAUAACACUCAAAUUGCCGUAAAGGAUCUUAUCGACGGAUGUCAACAACAGACACCAGGAAAACCGAUUGCGACACCAUUUCCCAUAGCCGCGCAUGCAGGAAGAAUAUCAAGCGCCACACUUUUAAGAAUUUUAUACCAACUGAAAAUAAUCAUUGCCACACAAAGAAAUUACUACUUUUGCAAGAUAAUGGAAUUUCUAAACAAAAGGAACAAAUUUUGUCAACCCUAAAAUUAGGAACAAUGUUUUGACCGUUUGCCGCUGGCCAUUGAAUCCUUAAAAGUUAAUAUUACCAUACAACCAUUAAGAUAACGUUGCCUCCUAUAUAACACUGAAAUAGGUUUGACAUAUACAAUACUGUAAUUCUAUCAUGCAUCAUGCAGUUUAACGAUAUUUUUACAUUCUGAUAUUCUCUUCGUUUAAUACACCUCUGUGACAUCCACUCCUUCUUUUACCUUGUGUCUUACAGUGAAACGAGUGACAAGUGUAUUAGCUCACUAAAUUGGCAAGUUCUUUAUAUUCAAUGUUCACUCUAACAUGCUUUUUCUACAUUUAAAGUUUAAAUAGUAAAAUUUCACGCU